AUGGGUGCCGAUUCUAUCCCCGUGAGCAAAAUUGCCAAUUUGCUGGAAUCGACCUCUGGCUACGAAUUUCAAGCCGUUCUUCAAUCGUUGACCGACGCUCAAUACGUUAAUCAGCAAUUGCUCAAAUCGGAAUUGUUUAUCCUGGUUAACAGAGUACUCAAGCUUCUGAGAUCUGGUGACGACUAUCUGUUAUGGAAAGGCUGCAAUGUGAUCUUGGUUCUUUGCGCUUAUAAUCCUGUUAUCUUAUGCGCACAUGCUGAUGUUUUUCUGAAGGAACUGUAUUUGAAGCUAGAGAAAAAAGUCGAGUACUAUUCUAGCUCCGUUUCCAGCGAACAGGGUAGAAUCGUUUUGACCAAUCUUGUGCACACUGUCGGUUACCUCAUAGAUUUAAUCCGGGGCAAACCCGCCGUAACGAGGGAAGUCCUCACACCGAAGUUAUCCGCGAUUAUCCCAACGUUUAUCAAGCUUUCCCAAUACGAGCCACGGCUCUGUCUUCCAUUCUUGAAGAAAUUGCUUUACAAGAAUACCAAUACGUUCAGACCUUUUGUCAACAAGCUUUACAACGUCCUGGUGAUCUUGUUAACCAAAGACUACCAAAGCUUUGAUGUUGCAACGAAACGUCUUAUUUGCGACACGUUCGCGUACACGCAUCUUAUAAAACUCAAUCCGCAAACGAAAAACUCUAGUUCAGGACAUCACAGUGUUCGCAAGGACGAGCAAUACCGCCAUGGAUUGUUGUUGGUGCUCUCUCAGAUUCGACCACUGAUCACGCUUUGCGGCGAGCUUUUUGAUUUCAGUGCCGAUUUUGAAAUGGAACGCUUGGUAGCAUCUCUACCGGACUAUCAAGGCGAAAACUUCAAUUCGGUGGGGUUUUUUGAGGCGCUCGACGUUGAUAUGAACAAGCCAUUUACGCUGUGGAGAAUUUCAGAAAGACUAGAUGUGCUCAAUAAUUUGAUUAUUUCCUUCUGUUCGCUGGCAACGCCGUUUGCUAUCAGGGUUCCUAUUGGCGGCAUUUCCAAAGUCAUUCAAGCGCUUUUGAAUUUGAGCGUUGACUACUUACCUCUCAAGAGAGGUUUGCGUCGAGACGCUGAGUUACUCUCAGUUAUCGAAAAUUUAUCCUCCAAGAUGCAACAUGAGGGUGUGAAGCUUUUCCAGAAUCUAGCGCCAAUUUAUGGCAGAUGCUUGAUACCUUUCUAUCCGGAGCUCUUAGGCUCAUUGGAGUUGAUCGUGCCAACGAGAAAAGGCUCCACGAAUGUCGAUUUUCAGAGAGUCAAGAAAAUACGCCCAGCCCUUAAGGACGUGUUCGAGCUCCUCUCACAUAUUCUUCCGGCUAUGGGUAGAUUCUUUGAUGAUGGUUCCUUGGCACCUAAACUCGUCGACGUGGCUCUACAUUUUACAAAGAGCAUGAACUUAACACUUUCCUUAUUGUCGGGAAUUGAUCAAAGUGACAAGAAGGGUGGUUCGAACAAAAAGGAUAAGAAGUCAAAUAAGCGCUUAACCGGUUCCAUGUCUGAUGUGUUUUCUCAUCCUGAAGCGUUUACUAUUGAGAAUUCUUUUGAGUUUUAUGCUUUUAUCAACGAGUUUUUGACAACCAUGAUCAGGCAUAAGUCCAUACCUUCAAAUCAUCAUGUCAAAAUCACCCGAUACGCAAUACAAAAUGCAACUGUACUCAAUGAGCAGCUAAACUACGUUCCUGCGUCGUUCAGGGAUCUCCUAAGAGCUCUUGUACUAUGCCCUGGAAGCGAGCGUUGUUCGAUAUUACCCAUGGCCGUUAGCUUGCUGAAAAAGACGGGAGAUGAGCUUUACGGUGUAAUUUGCAACCCACGUUUGCCGCUUGGAGUUGUUCAUUCGAUAGCACCUGCUCAGCUUCCUGAAUAUGCGGAGGAUCAAUCCUUGGAGGACAACAACGCCUCUUCCACCAACGAAAGCCUAUCGUUGGAAGAAACGACCGAGGUUCCUGCAACAGAGCAGAACGGUGGCCCAGACGCAACCCCCGCAACAUCACAUUCUCAGUGUGAAAUAAUCGAGACACAUGUAGAGACCCAAGAGGAAUCGAUCGAGAACGAACUCUCGAAACAUCGGGACAAGAUCUUCAAAAGAAGGUCAAGUGACGCAGAUAUAAAGACAGAAGAAGUCAGUGUCAAGGUCGCUAAAGUCGCAAGAGAUUAUGACGUUUUGGAAGAAAUCGUAUCCGAGCAAAUAGACAAUGGCGCUGAGGACACCAUUGCGGAACGCGCUGUUUUCGUUGAGCAACAAACUGAGCGUCGGGAGGCGGAUGGUGACAGUGAUUCCGACUUUGAAAUACCAGAAAUCGUGCUCGAAGAGGAUGACGGUGAAGAUGAGGAAUGA